UCAGGCCGACCUGGAGGGAGAGACCGAGGAAAAGUUCGUCAAGAUGGCAAAACCCACAGCCCCAGAGUGAACGGGCACCGCUCCCCCCAAAAGACUGCGUCUGUCGCCUGUCCUGAGCUAAAGCCAACAUUGCAAACAACGCAACAAGGCUCCAAAGGGGUUCCUUUUAAGAAUGUGCCAGUGAUGCAGAUGCUGAAGUGACAUAUUGUGAGGUGGAACGCUGAAUCAUCAUAUAUCAAUUCCUCUGUGGUGAGUAAUUAGCUGAAGACUACUUAUAUCAGUCAGCAGCGAGAGGAAGACUUGCAUCCCCUCGCUUGGAGCCAGAUCUUUUCCUGAAGGAAUACCUUUUGGAUCCACACACGUUGGCACCAACAAGACAGCCGUCUUGCUGCUGCCAGAGCUAAGAAUGGCCUCGCACAGCUUCAGCUGAAUCCAUUCAACACUUUAAGAUCCCGAGAACUUUCAACUGCUUUACCCUGAACGUCGGUGGAAAGUUUAGGGAAGAUCUCUCUGCGGCUUCCCCCUCCCCCUGCUGCCACUCCCAAACCAAAGCUGCUGUGGAAACCCCAACAGCCCUACUGUCACCCCACCCUGCCUGCCGCCCCUCUCCCAGACCAUGAUGUUUCGCGAUCAGGUGGGCGUACUAGCCAGCUGGUUCAAAGGAUGGAACGAGUGUGAGCAGACAGUGGCUCUGCUGUCCUUGCUGAAGAGGGUGAGCCGGACACAGGCUCGUUUCCUGCAGCUAUGUCUGGAGCACUCCCUUGCAGACUGCACAGAACUGCAGGUUCUGGAGGCAGAUGCCAACAGUCCAGAGGUAAUCAGCCAGUGGCAAGGGGAGCCAAAAGAACGUGUCAUUUCACUCGUUCUCAACCAUUUACCACUACUCAAGCCAGGCAACGUAGAAGCCAAGGGGGAGUAUAUGCGCCUACUACCACGCAUUCUUGCGCACACUAUUGAACAUGGCCGUCACCUAGAAGAGUCUCGCCAGCUCUUAUCCUAUGCCCUCAUCCACCCUGCCACCUCCCUAGAGGACCGUGCUGCAUUGGCUUUGUGGCUCAACCACCUGGAAGAGAGGGCCGCUGCUACAGGAGACUCACUCGAAAGGCCGUCACCCGCUGGACCUCAUCACCAACAGUCCACGCCACCAUCUACCCUUACAUCAUCAGGAUCCUCCACAAACAGUUCCUCUUCAAGUAACCCAUAUGGGUUGCAUCACCACCAACGCUAUGGCUCAGACGAUCGCCUAAAUGGGUGGCAAAGCAGCAGAGAUUCAGGGCUGGGGGGAGGCUGGCAGCAGCAGAGCUGCGAGAACGGACACAUGCCGCUCUACCCAUCAUCCUCUGUGCCAACGACCAUCAACACUUUAGGAACUGGUGGAAGUGGUAAUGCCAUCCUAACGAGUGGGAGUGGCAACCAACCACACAGUCCACUGAAGCGCUCAGUGUCACUUACUCCACCAAUGAGUGGCCCAAGCAACCAUCCUAUGGGUCCUGUCUGGUUGUCCCAGGAAGAUCUACGUAGUAGUAGAGGCCCAGCCCCUGAUCACGCUCCCCUUUCCCCCCAAAGCAGCAUUGCUUCCUCAGGCAGUGGAGGAAGUGAACAUCUGGAAGAGGCCAGUCUAGGAGGAGGUUUAAGUCUUCAUCGCAGUUCCUUCCAUGAGGAGGGUAGCGGCAUGAGGGAUGUUCCUGCAUGGCUGAAGAGUCUCCGUCUCCAUAAGUAUGCAGCGCUGUUUUCCACCAUGACAUAUGAUGAAAUGAUGUCACUUACUGAAGAACAACUCGAGGCGCAGAAAGUCACCAAAGGAGCACGGCACAAGAUUGUUAUUAGUAUUCAAAAGCUAAAAGAGAGACAAAUCUUACUGCGCACUCUAGAAAAGGAUGUAUUGGAGGGCAGUAAUCUACGUGUACCACUGCAAGAACUUCAUCAGAUGAUCAUGACCCCUAUCAAGGCUUUCAGUAGUGGUGAAGAGACAUCCUUGCAGCGCCCUCCCAUAAAUCCAGAUUCCAAAAGCUCUACACCUGGGUCCCACCUCACUGGAGGAGGGGGAGAAGCUGAGGCAAGCUCAAGUGUCAUUGCUGAGGGGGAUCUACCAAGUCAGUUUACUCGUGUUAUGGGAAAAGUUUGCACUCAGCUAUUGGUGUCCAGGUCAGAUGAGGACAACAUCAGCUCCUACCUACAACUCAUUGACAAGUGUCUUAUACAUGAGUCCUUUAGUGAAACUCAGAAGAAGAGGCUGUUGUCAUGGAAGCAGCAGGUCCAGAGGCUGUUCAGAUCCAUUCCUAGAAAAACGCUCCUUGACAUUGCAGGUUACCGACCACAUAGAAGCAGUCGUGGAUUUGGUCAAUCUAACUCACUCCCCACCACAAGUUGUGUAGGGAGCAGUGUAAUGGCACGUAGAAGCCUUCGGCAGUUCCAAAUGCCCUCAAGGAGUUUACCAGGGGCAAGGCUGGGCCUUUUGGGCAGCAGUGGUCUGCUAGGACCCACACCUCGCAGCAGCAGCAGCACACCCUCCGGCCCUAAGCAAGGGAGACAGGGUCUGUGGUUUGCUAAUCCUGGAGGCAGCAACAGUAUGCCUAGCAGAACCCACAGCUCUGUGCAACGGACCCGUUCCCUCCCAGUUCACACAACCCCGCAAACUAUGGUCAUGUUCCAACAAGCUGAUCUUCAGUUACCAGUUACGGAGCCAGACAUCAACAAUCGUCUUGAAUCUUUAUGUCUAAGUAUGACAGAGCAUGCAUUGGGAGACGGAGCUGAUCGCACAUCAACAAUAUGAAAGUAUGACCUGGGUGAGAGCAGCAGCUGAACCGUGUCGUUCGUAGCUUCACAAAGCCCUCUCACAACAAGUCAGGCUUCCAGUGCCCUCUUCCACUAGCCAAAGGUAGAGCUCAACCAAGGGACCGAGAGGCAUCCAAGAAACACAAGCCAACAUCGAUGGGGUUGGAAAAGACACUUCCUGCUAUGCCCAUCGACAUCUCCGCCAGAAAGGCAGGCCCGGAAGAAAGAAGUAUCAAAGUUGGUCUGGUCAUUGUGUGAUGAGCGUCCCUUCAGGUGAUAAGUUCAGAAGCAGUUCACCAUCAGCAGAGACUGACAUCCUGGGCUGAGGAUCCAGGGCCUAGUAGCUCUCUACAUUCGCACCCUUAUGGUCCUUAUGUAUGAAACUUGAGAGCUCGUGGCAUUUUUCACAUGGUUAUCAGUACCUCAGACCCCUAAAACAAGAUGGCAAUCAUUUGGGAAAGACCCGUUGCCUAAUUUUCAGCAGCCAGCAAACAAAACCAUUUGUUUAUUACCUGUCUUUAUUGUUUACAUAAUGAUGCUACUUUCAAAGGGUACAAAAAGGAAUAGGGUGUGAAUGUUGAGAUAUUCUGUAAAGCUUUUGCUUUCUACCAGCUUAACAUCCCUCGAGUAGCCGUUACUCUAGUUUACAAGCUUAUCCUUUAUUUUAUCAGCCAUUGGCUUAAAAGUAUGCCAAUCAAGUGAGAGAAAUUGUGAAAGGGUAAGAAGGCGGAAAAGUGAAGAAGGUCGAAGGAACUGAAAGGAGCCGGGAAUGUGAGGAGGGAUCUUGGGACGAGAAUGUGGAUGUUUGAAGGAGCCAGACAUCAGAGGCAGGACCUUUGACGCCUUCAAAUGACGGAGGGAGAGGAUGUGGUGUCCAAUCAUGUCAUCAGUUUGUCUUGUGAGCGGAAGAGGAAGUGACCGGUCAGUUGUGUUUUGUUUGUACUGUAUACACUGUCAAUUGAUUCAGUGCGUUUUCAGAGAGGCUUUUAAAGAUGCAGGCUUUCAUCAUGUAAAUGGAGGCUAAUUAGAGCCGCUUAACCAGUGGGAUUUUUAUUCAUCUUCAUAUUUUUCUUUGUUAAACCUUUGUUAAACAGGGGUGAUUUAAGAUGCAUAUUGCAACUAUAUAUCUUCCUUGGAGGAAAGCAUGGGGAGUCAGUAAAAGGGAAAAGACUUCACAGUAAUUAGUCUAUGAAGGGUUCCUGCCCAGAGACUGUCUGACUGGAGAUAGUGCCACCUAGUUGCUAGUAGACUGCGCUUAAUAGACCAAAGUUUGAUCGGUCAUGGUCAACUUUUAAGCGGCGUAUUCUAUCUUUAGCUGUAGCUCUAGGAUUUCAUAUUUAGUUUUAAAAGGCAGGUUUUUUGUGUCUGGAAUGCAGACUAUAUUCAAUAAGUUUUGCGGUGGUUAAGUAACACUAACAAAAGCGAUUGGAAACAUUUGCGUUUAUUUGUUGCAUUUAUUUGUGUAAUAGUACAAUACUGCCUUUGUUCGCUGCACUUAAAAUAAUAAUGUGAUACACUAACAGCCAAAUGGAUCACCUUUUUGGUAUCUGGAAAAAGUAAGCUUGGCUACUCAGCUCUUCAUCUGUUUUGGGACGACCGAACCAAGUUUUUCAUUUUUUGAUGUCGGCUUUAUAUACUGUAUUAAGCCAUUGUACAAUCAAGCUUCAAACUAUUUUUGGUUCAUAGCCUCAAUGCUGCAUGCUGUGAAAUAGUGGAGUAUCUGCAUUUAUAGUGGUAUUAAAAAGUAUCUGAACCUUUUGGAGUUUCUCACAUGUCUGCAUAAAAUCACCAUCAAAUGUGAUCUAAUCACACAAAAUCACACAAAUGGAAAAACAGUGUCGUCUUUAAGAGCACCCAAACAUUCAUAGGUUUUCAUAUUUUAAUGAGGAUAGUAUGCAAACAAUGACAGAAGGGGGAAAAAUAAGUAAGUGAACCAUCAUCUUUAAUAUUUUGUGCCCCCCCUUUGGCAGCAAUAACUACAACCAGACGCUUCCUGUAGCUGCAGAUCAGUCUGGCACAUCGAUCAGGACAAAUCUUGGCCCAUUCUUCUCUACAAAACUGAUGUAGUUGAGGCAGAUUCCUGGGAUGUCUGGGAUGAAUAGCUGUCUUUAGGUCAUGCCACAGCAUCUCAAUGGAGUUCAGGUCUGGACUCUGACUUGGCCACCAGAACGUGUAUUUUGUUCUUCUGAAACCAUUCUGAGAUUGAUUUACUUCUGUGUUUUGGAUCAUUGGCUUGUUGCAGCAUUCAUCCUCUUUUUAGCUUCAACUGUCUGACAGACAGCCUCAAGUUUUCCUGCAAAAUAUCCUGAUAAACGUUUGAAUUCAUUCUUCCAUUAAUCAUUGCAAGUUGUCCAGGUCCUGAGGUAGCAAAACAGCCCCAAAUCAUGAUCCUCCCUCCACCAUGCUUCACAGUGGGGAUGAGGUGUUAAUGUUGUUGAGCUGUUCCAUUUUUCCUCCAAACACUGUUAUGUGUUAUUCCCAAACAAUUCAACUGUGGUUUCAACAGUCCACAGAAUAUUUUGCCAAAACUUCUGUGAAGCGCCUUUUUGCGAACAUUAAACAAGCAACAAUUAUAUAUAUAUAUAUAUAUAUAUAUAUAUAUAUAUAUAUAUAUUUUUUUUUUUUUUUUUUAGACAGCAGUGGCUUCAGAGGAGUCCUCCCAUGAACACCAUUCUUGGCCAUAGUUUUACAUAUAGUUGAUGUCUGCAUUGAGAUAUUGGACUGUGCUACUGAUUUCUAGAAGUCUUUAGCAGACACUCUAGGGUUCUUUUUUUUAACCUCUGAGUAGUCUGCGCUGAACUCUUCACAUCAUCUUUGGUGAACGGCCACUCCUUAGGAGAGAAGCAACAGUGCCAGACUCUUCAUCUGUAGGCAGCAUCUCUGACUGUCGAUUGAUGAACAUCCAGACCUUUAGGGAUGGUUUUGUAUUUUUUCCCAGUAGGUCUUCAGACGGCUCUUUUGACCGUGCCUUGAUGCACAUCAGACAAUGCUUCUCAUCGCGACAUUUCUUACUAGGUGUGUGUUUUAUAGUGGGCAGGGCAGCUUUAAACCACUCAUCAGUGCUUGGGCACACACCUGACUUAAAAUGUUUGGUAAAAUUUGGUUUCAAUUGAUCUUUAAGUCUCCUUAGGCAGAGGGUUCACUUAUUUUUCCUUCUUCUGUCAUUGUUUGCAUGCGAUCCUUGUUAAAAUAUGAAAACCUAUAAAUGUUUUAGGUGGUUUUAGUUAAAGCAGGCACUGUAUUUUCAUCUGUGACAUUUUGACAAAGAUCAGAUCACAUUUGAUGGUGAUUUUAUGCAGAAAUGGGAGAAAUUCCAGAGGUUCAGAUACUUUUUCAUACCACUGUACAUGAGGAACCUGAUUUGAAGUUAAGCCAAUCUUUUGUGCCAUCAGAGGUGCAUUGUGUGGGUUUUUUCUUCCUAAGAUUAUACAUGCAAAAAUUCUAAAAAUGGUGCCUUAUCGUGCCUUUGACAGGCCCGUUGUGAGGCCACACUGCCAGAGAUCACGUAUUUGGUCUUUAGUAUGAUAAUGCUGCACCGCAGACUACGUUUCAGUGUUAGCGGCUCCUUCCUGUGUUUUUUUUUCCAAAAGCUUUUUCAUACAUGAACAGUCAGCAUCUUGAUCCCAGUGUUGUUUGCCAUCAGAUUCAGUAGUUCCAGAAAAUACACUUAUUUAUUCCCCCUCCCUCUCUAUUAUUUCCACAGAUGUCAUACUUUUACUCCGUUAGACAUAUUAUUUAAAAUACCGUAUGUAUUAACAAGUUAUGGCUGGUAACCAUACUGACAUCUCAGAUAUUAACAGUUUUUAUUGUUGUUUUGAUGUUGCUCUAUAAUCAUGUUUGUAUCCUUUAGUCUAAUGUAGGUUUUUUUUUUUUUUUUUUUAUGUUGUAUUUGAAGCUUUGGUGUCCAAGUGCAGCUGAGAGCGAGAACAGGUCCACGACAUGUAAAUCGAUGUACAGUACAUGUCCUGUCACACACAAGCUUUUGGAUGAUGUCAGUGUGUACUUGGUAUCCGGAAAGUAUUCACCUCGCUUCACUCUCUUCACAUUUUGUUAUGUUACAGACUAAAAGCAAAUAGAGACUUGCUCAAUGGCAUCAACGCAGCCGUAACGAGUGAUUCUAUUACCAUUUUGUCAGACGUGUAAGCGAAAUUACCGUAAUUUUCGGACUAUACACCACUAAUUUUUUUCCUCAUUUUAAAUCCUGCUGCUUACAGUCCAUUGCAGCUUAUGUUUUUAUUUAUUUGGGUUGAUAGGUAACCCUUUAUUUGACAGCGGCGUCAUAAAACUGUCAUAAGACCGUCGUCAUAAUUAUGAUACUGUCAUGGGCAUUAAUGAAUGCUUAUGACAAAUGUCAUUAAGUGUCAUCCAGCAAAGUUUGUCAGUAACUCUGUCCAGCUUGGAUCUUUUACAUCCAUUCAAAAGAGAGAUUAAAAAAGAGAUAAUUUGCCGGAUGACAUUAAAUGACAUCUGUCAUAAGCAUUCAUUAAUGCGCAUGACGGUGCCAUAUCAUAAUAACGACUGUCUUAUUACGCCGCUGUCAAAUGAAGUGUUACUGGUUCAUAUCUUUUGGUGUAAAUGUCCGAUAAUACAGUGAGGACAGUUGUGGCUUACAGGCCAGUGUGGUAUGUAUGAAUUAAUGCCGUUUUCAUGUCAAAUGCACAACACCAUAUCCAAUUAACUCAAUUUACAACAAUUGGAUUCCAAAGACUAAUGACUAGACACAGGAUGCACCUCAUUUGAUUUCUAAACUUUUUCAUGAUUGAGUCUCGUGUUUAAGCAUUUUAGGGAAGGACAAUUAUAUAGAAAAAUAAUGAAUUUAACCUAAUAAAAUGUGGAAAAAUCAAGUUGCAACAGCGUUUAUCAUUGCGCCACACAGGAAAAUUGAAUCCGAAGGACAGUACUGUAAGUUUUGGACUAUAAGGCGCAGCCGAUUAUAAGCCGCCACCCACCAAAUUUGACACAAAAACAGCAUUUGUUCGGAGGUGUCCUCACUGUAUUAUGGGAUAUUUAAACCAAAAGAUAUUAACCGGUAACAAUUUAUUUGACACCGGCAACAUAAGACACUCAUAGGACCAAAAGGCUGCAAAGCUUCAGUGCUUCAAGAAGCUUCAUUUGGCCAUCUCUGCUCUCUUGGCAGGAGACGGUCAACCUCUGCUGCAACCUGCUGUCAACACUGUUGUCAUCCAACAUGCCUCCUAGCAUGCAUUGCAGCACUACAAAUGUCAAUAACAAUCAAAAUUCAUGUUCUGUGCUAACACUUUAUUUGACAGUGGCACCAUAAGACUUUAAUAAGACAAUCAUAAUUAUGACAUGAUAUGGCUGUCAUGAGCAUUAAUGAAUGCUUAUAACAGAUGUCAUUUAGUGUCAUCUGGCAAAUGAUCUCACAUUUGAAUGGAUGUAAAAAAUCUGAGCUAGACAUUAAUGGAGUUAGUGACAUAAUUUGCGGAUGACACUUAAUGAGAUCUGUCGUAAGCAUUUACUAAUGACCAUGAAAGUGUCAUGCCAAAAUUAUGACUGUCUUAUGAUGCCACUGUCAAAUAAAGUGUUACUUUUUAACCCAAAUAAAUCAACAAAAAAGCCGCACAGGACUAUAAACCGCAGGAUUCAAA